AUGUCGAGUGAAUCCUCCCAGGAAAAAAAUUUCCUCAACUUGAUCCAGUGUUUCAGGCCCAGGCUGAAACAAUACAUUAGGGUGGAACCGGUGCUGGACUACCUGACCUUUCUGGAUAGAGAGAAGAAAGAACGUAUUCGCCAAACCGCUGCUACCCAGGGCAACGCUGUAGCGGCCGAGUUCCUUUUGAGUACCUUAGAGAAAGGGAACUGGGGACCUGGCUGGACUCAGGAGUUUCUCACGGGACUUAAGAACGGGGGCUGCACCUUGGCGGCUCGCUACAUGAAUCCGGACCUCGCUGACCUGCCCUCUCCAUCCUUAGAGACCUGUUACGACCAGUGCGUGCAGCUGCUAGACAUUUUACAACCCACCCUCGUCGACAAGCUUCAAGCUAUGAAUGUUGUAGACAAAUGCCUGGAGAAGGCUCUGCUCACUAAAGAAGACAGAAAUCGG